AUGGCUCUCAAAAGAAUUUUAAAAGAACUUCAAGACCUGGGCAAAGACCCCCCCUCAUCGUGCUCCGCUGGUCCCUCCGGGGAAGAUAUGUUCCGAUGGACUGCCACAAUUAUGGGUCCCUCAGAAUCACCAUACUCUGGAGGCGUCUUCUUUUUAUCCAUUCAUUUCCCAACUGAUUACCCAUUCAAGCCGCCAAAGGUUAACUUUACAACACGUAUUUACCAUCCCAACAUAAAUUCCAAUGGCUCUAUCUGUCUAGAUAUUUUACGUGACCAGUGGUCUCCGGCAUUGACUAUCUCCAAAGUACUUUUAUCUAUCUGUUCUAUGCUGACCGACCCGAAUCCUGAUGAUCCUCUUGUACCUGAAAUCGCCCAUGUAUACAAGUCUGAUAGAAGUCGUUAUGAGUCUACAGCGCGGGAGUGGACUCGGAAAUAUGCUGUCUAG